AUGACAGGCCGCGUGUGCCGUGGCUGCGGCGGCACCGACAUCGAGCUGGACACGGCGCGCGGCGAUGCCGUGUGCACCAGCUGCGGCUCGGUGCUCGAGGACAACAUCAUCGUGUCGGAGGUGCAGUUCGUGGAGAACAGCGGCGGCGGCUCGUCGGCCGUGGGCCAGUUCGUGUCGCUGGACGGUGCUGGCAAAACCCCAACGCUGGGCGGCGGCUUCCACGUGAACCUGGGAAAGGAGUCGAGAGCGCAGACCCUGCAGAACGGGAGACGCCAGAUCCACCACCUGGGGAGCCAGCUGCAGCUCAACCAGCACUGCCUGGACACAGCCUUCAACUUCUUCAAGAUGGCCGUGAGCAAGCACUUGACCCGCGGCCGCAGGAUGGCACACGUGAUCGCGGCCUGCCUCUACCUGGUGUGCCGCACUGAGGACCCCCACAUGCUCCUCGACCUCAGCGACCUGCCCCAGGUGAACGUGUAUGUGCUGGGGAAGACCUUCCUCCUCCUGGCAAGGGAGCUGUGCAUCAACGCCCCGGCAAUAGGGCCGGCCGCAGAGAGAGGCCUCCUCCUGGUGCCCGACCUAGCACGGCCACGCCGCCCCUCAGCCCCUCAGGCGUAGAAGAUGAGCUCGGGGAUCUGCCCACCCUGCACCCCGGUCCCGUUGGUGCUGUCCGAGGAGCACUGGAACUGGAAGGUCACCUUGCCGC